AUGGGAAGGGGCAGAGUUGAGUUGAAGAGAAUUGAGAAGAAGAUAAAUCGGCAUGUGACAUUUUCGAAGAGGAGAUCUGGGCUGCUGAAGAAAGCUCAUGAGAUUUCUCUUCUCUGUGAUGCGGAUGUGGGUUUGAUUGUUUUUUCGACCAGAGGGAAGCUCUAUGAAUAUGCUACUGAUGCCUGCAUGGAGAAGAUACUCGAACGAUAUGAAAGAUAUUCGUAUGAAGAAACACAGCUCACAUCAACGAACGUUGAACCGCAGGUAAGUUUGACGGUAGAAUAUGCAAAGCUGAAGGCCAGAUUGGAGGUUUUGCAAACAAACCAAAGGCAUUACAUGGGUGAGGACCUGAAUGCCCUAAGCCUUAAAGAGCUGCAAAAUUUGGAACAUCAGCUUACUGUUUCUCUUAAACGCACUAGGACUUGCGAGAAUAAACUCAUGAACGAAUCAAUUGCUGAGCUUAAGAAAAAGGACAAGGCAUUGCAAGACGAAAACACCUCACUCGUGAAGGCGAUCAGAGAGGAGGAAGAAUUAGCCCGAAAGUCUCAACCGGAACAACAAAAUCAUGACAUCAACAUUUCUUCUCCUGUUCCGCAACCCUUGAGUUUGGGUGACCAUGGAGAAGUUGAAGGCCAGUCUCAACAAUCUAAUGCAGUAAUACCUCCAUGGAUGCUCCAACAUAUGCAUGAAUCCAAUAGUAAGGGAUAA